CCUCUCUGUUCUUUCCCUUAAUUUUUUCAGUAACUGGUGGUUCUGGAUCACCUGAUUGUGAGGUCUCCAGCACCAAACCCCAGCACUAAAUCAAAGUAUUUAAGUGCCCAAGAUCACACUUCAAGUGGCUCUAACUUGAAAGGGUCUUAUAGGAGCAAAAGGAGACACACUUAGUUACCAAGAUGGAUCUGCCAGAGACAAGAUGGAAGUUAUUUGCCGUCAGUGUGCUGCUGCUCACACUGUACCCCGGCCAUGCUGCCUCCCUCAGCAUGAAGGAACAUUUGUCUGACUGUCUGAAGGACUGCGACUACACAGAGCUGCUGCACACGGUGCAGAACGGCCUCCCACACGUGAACACAUCUCAUCGUGUUGUUAUUGUUGGAGCUGGCAUGGCUGGACUGACAGCUGCCAAACUACUGCAAGACGCAGGACACAAGGUAACAAUAUUGGAGGCUAGUGGUCGUGUUGGAGGACGGGUGGAGACCUACAGGAAUGAGAAAGAGGGCUGGUAUGCUGAACUGGGAGCCAUGAGGAUCCCAAGUGAUCACAGCAUCGUCCGCUGGUUUGCCAAAAAGCUUGGGGUCAAGCUUGAAGAAUUCCGCAUGUAUGACCCAAACACCUUUUACUUCGUUAACGGGAUCAAGAAGAGGACAUACAUAGUACAAAAAAACCCAGACAGCCUGAAUUACAAUGUGUCAACAAGUGAGAAAGGAAAGUCAGCUGACGAGCUGGUACAGCAAGCUUUGCAAAAGGUGAAAGAUGAAGUGGAGGCUCAUGGUUGCAAGGCUGCACUGAAGAAAUACGACCAUUAUUCUGUGAAGGAGUAUCUAAAAGAAGUAGGAGGUUUGAGCUCAGAAGCACUGAGAAUGAUUGGAGACCUCCUCAACGAACAGAGCCUCAUGUACACAGCGCUGACUGAGCUGAUCUAUGACGAGGCUGACAUCAAUGACAAUGUCACGUAUUAUGAAGUGAUUGGUGGGUCGGACCUUCUCCCAAAGGCUUUUCUCGAUGUCCUUGAUGUCCCUAUUCUCCUCAACUCUAAGGUCAAGCGCAUCAGCCGGUCAGAUAAGGGUGUAACUGUAUCAUAUCAGACAGACCAACAGUCCUCUUUGACAGACCUUCAUGCCGAUUUUGUCCUGGUUACAACCACAGCCAAAGCAGCCCUCUUCAUUGACUUUGAGCCACCUCUCUCCAUCCAAAAGAUGGAGGCCCUGAGGGGAGUCCACUACGACAGCUCCACUAAAAUCAUCCUAACCUUUAAAAAUAAGUUCUGGGAGAAGGAUGGCAUCCAUGGAGGGAAGAGCAUCACUGAUCGACCCUCUCGUUUCAUCUACUACCCCAGCCACAGUUUCCCAGAAAAUGACAAGAUUGGCGUCCUCCUGGCCUCCUACACCUGGUCUGAUGACUCCCUCCUCUUCGCAGGUGCAAGCGAUGAAGACUUAAAAGAGAUGGCCCUGAGAGACUUGGGGAAAAUCCAUGAUGCGCCUGUCAGGGAGCUCUGCACAGGGGUGGUGGUGAAGAAGUGGAGCGUAGAUCCUUACAGCUUGGGUGCCUUCGCUCUCUUCACACCCUAUCAACAUUUAGAGUACUCCAGAGAGCUCUUCAGAAGUGAAGGCAGGGUUCACUUUGCAGGUGAACACACGGCCUUCCCUCACGCCUGGAUCGAGACAUCUAUGAAAUCUGCAAUCAGGGCGGCUAUGAAUAUUAACAAUUUGGUGCUCUUGCAUUCAGAGUCAGCUAAAGGUCCGGCACGAGAUGAGCUCUAGGGUCUAGAUAAUCACGUAUCUUGGUAUUAAUAAAGAGAAUACAGGUGCAACUAAUGCCACAUAUAUAUAGCUUAUCGAAUACUUCUUAUGUAACUGUCAUUGUUUCUCUGUGCUUGUCCCUUAAAAAUGAAUUAAUGAAAUUAAAUUAAAAGAAAAACAUGAA